CUUGACUGAAACCGGUUGCAUCUGCGGGAGAGUCAAGAGUUAUGCGAAAAUUAUGCUAAUCGACGAUAGCAUCGAUGGAAUAGACCGGUUAACUCUUAUCAGCUAAAAACUUAUCGAGCGUUGCUGACAAUUGAUGAACGGCUGCUUUGGGUAUGUUCCGCGUAGAUCUUCUCAGAUAACUCCAUUAAUAUGAUAUGCAGAGUGGGGCGAUAAUUAAUGCCUGCAGAAUGACUGCAUCAAUGUCUUUAGAUUAAUUAAGAUAAACGAGUGCUGGGAGCCAGUUAUGAAGAAAAUUUAUGCAAUUGGUCAUUCCGGCCGGUAAAAUGCCAAGGGAGAGCUAUAAAAGCGUAGUUUUCGGCAACAGCUAGUCAAAAUUGUUUCGCAAUCUAUCAGCACACACAUCCCCCUCUUCAACCAUGAAAUUUGCGAUCGUUCUUGCCUGCCUUUUGGUCGUGACCUUCGCCAACGAGGAGGCUGAAGUUCUGAAAAACGUCGCCGAGAUUAACGUGCUGGACUUUAAGUACGCAUAUGAGCUGUCCAACCACAACCGCGCCGAGCAAGCUGGAGUCCUGAAGGAGCACGACAACUGGGUUGUUUCCGGGGAGUACGAGUACGUGGCCCCCAACGGCCAGACCGUCAAGGUGGUCUACACCGCCGAUGAGACCGGCUACCACCCAAAGGUCGUCGAGGCCUGAUGUACAGGACUCUUUUUCCGUAGACAUGAAAAAUAAAUCCAUUGCAGCA